CCAGCAUAAAGUCAGAGAACUCAAAACAACAACACACAUCCUGUACAGCAUUAUCCAGGGCGUGUAAUGUUUUUUCUAUUAUUAUUUUUUUAAUGUUCCCACUCUCUUUUUAAAGUCUCGAACACGUUUUUCCUCUCAAUCACUGGAUUUGUGAGGGCUACAAGCUCAUCCACCGCCCCCACAACAAAAUCUUUCUUUUCCCCGCUAAGAAACUAACAAAUCAAUCAAAUUCCUCAUCAAGUGAUGGAUUAUUGCUUUAGAUCCCUCACGCGAUUCUCGAUUUCCACCAUUGUUCUUGCGAUCAUUCUUUCUUCAUUCAGUUUCACUUGCACAGAAGCCUAUGAUGCACUUGACCCAAAUGGAAAUAUCACAAUCAAGUGGGACAUUAUUAGUUGGACUCCAGAUGGUUAUGUUGCGGUAGUUACAAUGUACAACUUCCAACAAUACCGCCACAUAUCACCGCCAGGGUGGACGUUAGGGUGGACAUGGGCGAAAAAGGAGGUGAUAUGGAGCAUGAUGGGCGGUCAAGCCACCGAACAAGGAGACUGUUCAAGAUACAAAACCACACCACCACAUUGUUGCAAAAAGACCCCUUCAAUUGUUGACUUAUUACCUGGAACACCUUACAAUCAACAAAUUGCAAAUUGUUGUAAAGGUGGAGUUAUUAAUUCGUGGGCCCAAGAGCCCAAUAAUUACGCGAGUUCUUUUCAACUUAGUGUUGGUGCGGCGGGGACCACUAACAAGACGGUUAAACCGCCUAAGAAUUUUACUCUGCUUGCACCGGGUCCCGGGUAUACGUGUGGGCCCGCUGUCGUUGGUAAACCUUCAAAGUUUGUAACUCCAGAUGGAAGACGAGUGACUCAAGCUAUGAUGACAUGGAAUGUUACAUGCACAUAUUCACAAUUUUUAGCUCAAAAAACUCCUACUUGUUGUGUCUCUCUUUCAUCCUUCUACAAUGAUACGAUUGUUCCAUGUCCAACAUGCACUUGUGGAUGCCAAAACAAUGACACUCAUCCUGGAAGUUGUGUAAACCCAAACUCCCCAUAUCUAGCUUCAGUUGUUAAUGGACCUGGUAAGAACAGCUUAACACCUCUUGUUCAAUGCACAAGACACAUGUGUCCAAUUCGUGUUCAUUGGCAUGUGAAACUCAACUACAAGGAGUAUUGGCGUGUGAAAGUCACAAUCACAAAUUUCAAUUUCAGAAUGAAUUAUUCACAAUGGAAUUUAGUUGUUCAACACCCCAACUUUGAUAACCUCACUCAAAUUUUCAGCUUUAACUACAAGCCCUUAACUCCUUACUCUACUAUAAAUGAUACUGCUAUGCUAUGGGGAGUUAAAUUCUACAAUGAUUUUCUUAAUCAAGCGGGACCUUUGGGAAAUGUUCAAUCCGAAUUACUUUUUAGAAAAGAUAAAACUACUUUUACUUUCAAAGAGGGUUGGGCUUUUCCACGUAGGAUUUAUUUUAAUGGAGAUAAUUGUGUUAUGCCACCUCCUGAUGCCUACCCGUAUCUCCCAAAUGCAAGUUCUCGUGUAAAUUUCUCUUUAUUUGGUCUCUUGAUCACAUUUUUAGCGUUUUUCUUUCUCUUUGAGUAGGUAAAAUCCAUGCAUCGUUUUGUAGAGUGUUUGAAUAUAUAUAUGAAAUUGUAGUACACAAUAAUUUAAAACUUAUGAUUUUUUGUUCUUGGUUUGUAAUUUAACUUAUUUAUCGUGGUGGUAAUUAUUGUUGUGUGAAAUCGUGUAUCUUAACAACAUUUGUAUAUAAUCUCUUGUGUUGUUACAAAA